GCGCAGUCCAAAGGGCCUUGUAAACUCCUGCGCGAUUGCACGGAUUCAGGGACGCGCCGUGGCGCCGCGACGCUCCUUGGUUUGACUUUUGUGUUUCAGUUGAGUUUGCUGACUCGGAGUCUGUGUGUUGUGAGUAUGGAGUUUUGGGUUGGGGGUGAAGGGGUCAGUAAGAGGCCUUGGUAAGAAACUCUUGUGAGGGAGAAGUAACCGCGGAAGCAGUGCGGAGGAGAGGGACGUGAGCCUGGAAUCUGGUGCCCGUGGAGGGGCUGGGGACCGGAGGAGAAAGUUCCAAGGUGUGAAAAAGACAGCAUGGACUUUACCCCAAAACACACCCCUGUCUGCAGAAAGCAAGCAGUUGUCUCCAAACGUGCCGUUGCCACCAGUGGUCCCACCAAGAGGAGGGGAAUGGCAGACUCACUGGAGUCAACCCCCUUGCCUUCCCUCGAAGAUCGUCUGGCCAAACUCAGUCCUUCUAAGGAGCUCCUGGAAUAUUAUCAGAAGAAGAUGGCUGAGUGCGAAGCAGAAAAUGAGGACUUGUUGAAGAAACUGGAACUCUACAAAGAAGCUUGUGAAGGACAGCAUAAACUUGAAUGUGAUUUGCAGCAGAGGGAGGAAGAGAUUGCUGAACUGCAGAAAGCUCUAAGUGACAUGCAGGUCUGCCUCUUCCAAGAACGGGAACAUGUUUUACGCCUCUACUCAGAAAAUGACCGACUGAGAAUCAGGGAGCUAGAAGACAAGAACAAGAUUCAGAAUCUCUUGGCUCUUGUGGGAACAGAUGCUGGAGAAGUGACCUAUUUUUGUAAGGAGCCUCCUCAGAAAGUCACCAUUCUCCAAAGGACUAUCCAGGCUGUAGGUGAACGUGAGCAGAAUGAAUCUUCAGCUUUCAAAGCAGAUCCUAAAAUAAGCAAAAGAAGACCAUCGAGAGAGAGAAAAGGAAGUUCUGAACAUUACCAAAGAGACGUACAGACACUCAUCCUGCAGGUGGAGGCACUGCAGGCUCAGCUGGGAGAACAGACCAAACUUGCUCGAGAACAAAUUGAAGGGCUCAUGGAGGAUAGACGGAUUCACCUCGAGGAAAUACAAGUUCAGCACCAGAGAAGUCAGAACAAAAUCAAAGAGCUAACCAAAAAUCUUCACCACACCCAAGAGCUGCUCUAUGAAAGCACCAAAGAUUUUCUGCAACUCAGAUCUGAAAACCAAAAUAAAGAGAAGUCAUGGAUGCUUGAAAAAGAUAAUCUGAUGUCAAAGAUUAAGCAAUACAGGGUGCAGUGUAAGAAGAAAGAAGAUAAAAUUGGAAAAGUGUUGCCCGUUACGCAUGAGAGCCAUCAUGCUCAAAGUGAAUAUAUUAAGUCCCUAAAAGAUAAGUUAGUCCAAGAGAAGAAGCUGUCCGGUAUGUACCAAGAGCAGUGCAUUUCCUUAGAAGAGGAACUUGCCCGAAUUCGUGAGGAAGAGGAAAUGAGGAGAGAGAUCUUCAAGGAUCGCACUAACAAGAUGGGGAAGCGUUUACAGGUAAUGACAAGACGUUAUGAGGCAUUGGAGCGUCGACGGAUCUUGGAAGUAGAAGGCUUUAAGACAGAUAUUAAGGUUCUCCGACAGAAACUGAAAGACUUGGAGCAAAUGUUGUAUAAGGCAACAAUUAAUGCCCGGGCAAACCAGGAUCUUGCCAUUCUGUGUGAGGUCCGUGACAGCAAUAGACGGGCACAUAAGAUACAAGGAGAACUGAAGAAUCUUAAGUCGAAAGUGUUUGGUCUGGAGCAUGAACUGAGACUCUGUUGAUGUCUACUUUGGGAAAUGGCCCCGUUUAGAAGAGGUGUGCUUCCUGAAACCUGAGGACAAGGUCAUCUGCUGCCAGAAAAUGUAAACCUGAGUUGACUAGAGUGACGGUAGUGAUUAUUACGAAGACAGGGUGAAGAAUCAGGGACCACUAGGAAAGCUUUUCUUGUGUGCUCAGCUUGCUUUAUCAUUUUUGCUGUCCUUUUACCAUUUGUGGGGAGUAGGGGCCUGGUCCUGAAUGACCUAGAGGCUUUCAUUGUUUAUCCCGUCUGUAUCAACAGGUUUUUGUUUUUUUAGAAGACAGUGAUGAUAAAAAACUUCGGAAGAAGGUAUUUUGCAAUGAGCUUGGCUGAGUGUCCGUGGGAAGAAUACUUUAUCCAGUCCGGGCGACAGAGCAAGACUCCGCCUCAAAAAAAAAAAAAAAAAAAAACUUUACCCCUAAAGAGAGAGACGCACUCACAGCGGCUGCCUUUUUCCUGAGCCCGGGGAGAAGGCAGCACAUCACAACCUAUCCCAUUGGAAUAGACACUCAUUCUGCUGUUUCACCUUCCAUCGCGAGCGGAGCCUGAAUUACGUUUCUGGGCAGUUUCAUGGUGUUUCACCAGAGGGCACUAGAGACUCAAACAAAAUGUCCAUCUGGAAAAAUUAAGGAGACACUUUGGCAAGGGUGAAUGAAACUGAAAUGAUCCUUGUUUGGAAAGUUUGAUAUUUCUAUCAGUAACACGGCUUUUGAAAAAUGAUGUAUAGAUUUUAAAUUAACUAUUUUCAAUAAAAUAUUUCAUUCAAAA